AUGGAAAUAAAUAAAGUUCAAAAUAAAGCAAAAUAUGAAUCAUUUGAUUAUGGAUAGUAUGAGAAGUUAAAGAAACUCUUUCAUGAUCCUAGUUUUGAACCAAUAUAAGUUGAGGAAUUAGAUUUAUCAAAUGAAAAGGCAAGUCAGAUGCCUAAUGUAUUAUGUUUACAACUGUUAACACAUCUGAAGGUUUUGGUAUUGAGUGGAAAUCAAAUACAAAGAUUUCCUGGAAGAUUAGUAGCAAAAGAAUUGUAGUGUCUUACAAUUUUAGAUCUUUCAAACAAUCUAAUUGAAGAAUUAGAUGAUAUUGCAGAUAUGAACUUACCCCAUUUAUCAGUUUUAGAUUAUUAGGGAAAUUAUGCAUGUUCAUAUUUAUUAAGGAUAACUUAAAUAUAAUAAUUGUUAUGUCCAAAGAGAUAUGUCAAAUAUAAUCCAGUUAAAGUAUUUACAGCAUCAUAUAAUCAACUUCCAGUUUGUAGACUAACAGAAGCUUAAUAUUAGGAGGAGAAGAAAUGUUUAAGAUCUAUAUAAAGAGCACCAGAAGAAUUUAAACCAGAAGAAUUAAUGAAUACUGUUUCUAAGUUUUCACAUAAAAAUACAUUGGGGAAGUUUUGUUUAGAAAUGUGUCCAGUUCCUAGAAAAACUAGAUUUAAGAAUUUAGAAUAUUUGAAUGGAACUUAAAUAUCGAAAAUGGAUAUUAUGAGAGUUACAGGAGUAGAUAAUUAUAAGUUGGCUUUAGAAGUAGAGAAUUCGGAGACAUAAAAGUAUAAACAUGCUAAAAAAUCUAAAUUACAUAAUGAAUAUAUAUAGAAAUAUAUUAAAAGAGUAUAAAGAUUGUUGGAAGAAAAACCAUCUAAUGAUCCUGAUGAAAUAUUAAAAGCAAAAAAAGUAAAAAAAUUGGAUUAAAAGAAAUUUUCUGUUUGGGAAACUCCUUUAGAUGUUUAAUACAAGGAUUCUGAAUUUACAAUAGGGAUAGAGGAAUUUAAAUAAUAAAAGAAAGAAUUUGAAGAAUAAAAAAAGUAAAAGUUAGAGAGGAGACAUAGAAAAUAAAUAGAGAGAAUAAAAAAGAAACAUCCAUCAUUUGAAGAGAGUGAAAGUGAUCAUGAGAUUAGAAGGAUGUAUUUGACUAGUAAAGUAAAACCUAAAAUGAAUUUAAGUAGAGAUGAGGAUAGAAUAUACAGAUCUUCAGAAAGUUCAUUGAGUGAAGGAGAUAGUCCUUAAGAAAGAUCAAGUACAAGUUAAGAAAGUAUAGAAAUGAAGGGACCAAAAUCAGUAGCUAAAGUAGAAGCUAAACCAAUUAGUUAUUAUAGAAAGAAACCAAAAGAAGAAAGUAAGAGCAAAGAAAUUGUAUAAUAAAGGAAAAUUCAGUAGUAGAAUAGAUAAUAAAGAAUAGAAAUGAUGAUAGAAAAUGAGAGUAGUGAAAGUGAUUAAGAAAGUAGAAAAUAAGUAAAGAAAUCAUCUACUUAAUAACUAUUGAAGAGUAAUAUUAAAUAAUAAACAAAUUCUCCAGUUGGAAUUCCUUAAUAAACAAUUCCUGCAUAAAAAAUAAUAACUAAGAUGUUACAUGAUGAAAAUAGAAAUACAUUUGAUUUGGGUAAUAAAUUAAGUGCAUAACAUCCAGUUAUAAGAGAAGGAGAAUACAAAGAGUAAUAAUUUUAAAGAAUGCUUAAAGUAAAAGAAGCAGCACAGAAAGAGAGAUAGGAAUUAGAAUAAAUAAGAAAACCAGUUACUGCUUAACCAUAGGUAAGAUAGAAAGUGAAUAGAGUGAUAGUUGAUGGUUAGAAGAAGAAAGCUUUACCUACUCCAUAAAGAGAACUUGUUAAAUUGCAUGGUGAUUUAGAUAAAGCUGAAUUUUAGAGAAUUCAAAUUCCAUUAGAAGAAAUGAUUCCGACAGAAGAGUAAGGAGUGCCAGAGAGAUUUAGAUAAGAAUUUCUAUAUAAUGUUGAUAGUGAAACAUAUAAAGAAUUGUUACAUUAUAAAGGUAUCUUAGAAGAGAGUUUGAAUCUUAAGGAAGCAUGGAAAGAAAUGGAUGCUAAAUUAGAAAUAUUGGGAGCUACUAAACCUGAUAAGGAAUUAAGAUUCAAGGCUAAUGAUUAUAAUGCUGUUCAUACAUAUCUUAAAGCUAAAUAUAAAGAUAAAAUAAGUCCAUAUGAAAUGAGAGAAAUCAUUUAUGGAGCUAAUGAUUAUGAUUUAUAAGCAGAGCCUAGAAUCUAAGAAAAAGAUAUUAUGAAAAGAUUGGAAUAAGAAGAUGUUACUUAGGAAGAAAGAUAGGUCUUAUAUAAAUGGAUAGAAAUUUUGGAUGACAUUAGAUUGAAAUAGACAAAAACAGAUGAUAAGAGAUUAAGAAGAAUUGAAAUUAAGGAAAUUGAAAGAGCAUAAUCAUUUGCACAUCUGUAAAACUUUUCAUUAUUUAACUAGUGCUUAUCAUUAUUAAAAGUUAAAAAAGUAUGUAUCUGCUGAUAAACUUUAAAAAUAUGUAAAAAUGAUGGGGAUUCCAUUAAAUGAAAUUUUAAAUCAAGAUAAUUAAAAGUUAAAGACAGGAUAAAAGAAAAAGACUGAAGUUGUUAAUAGAUAGAAUUUCUAAUAAACAAAAGUACAAGCUUAAAAGAAAGAUAAAGAAUAAAAGGAUUUGGCAAAGUAGAUGAUGCAAAUAGAGGAAGAUAAGGCAAAGAUGUUGAAGGAAUAUGAGGAAAUAAAUUAAUAAAGAUACAGUAACAUAAAAGCUGAAAUAAUGAGUGAUACUGGUAAUUUGGCUACAAAUGAUCCAUAUUAUUUAAAGUGUCUUAGCAAAUUGGAAUAAGAUAAAGUGGAUGUCUUAAAUAAAGUAGCAAAAUACAACAUUCCUUUUGAGAACAUGGUUGAAUAGAAUUUAAGAAAGUUAUAAGAUUAAUUCAUAACAACUUAAGGUCCAACAGAUUUAGAAGAAUAAAUGAUGAAGUAUCUAUUAUUAAAUAUAAAAAAUUAGAUAUGCAUCUGAGUUUAAAGAGAAGAUUAAAUAGAGAGAACGAUUACAGUAGAACAUAAAUAAACAUAUAAGUGAGACAUAGAAGAAGUUGGAUGAAUUUUGGAUGUGGGAAGCUAAAGAGAGAGAAUUAAGAGAUGAUAAAGUAGCUAGUUUAAUGAGAUAAAUAAAGAGAUUGGAAUUGGAUGAUUAAUAAACUAUAUAAUUUUGA